UUUGAAGAAAUGUGUAUGUUUCUCUUGCUUGUGGUCGUCUUUCUCUUGGCCUAUGGUUCUGCCAUCCAAUCACUUCUAUACAGACAGACAAAAGAAUCAAGCAUAUGGGAUAUCCUAAAAGACGUUGUGUUUUAUCCCUAUUGGGAGCUAUAUGGAGAAUUGGCGUUUGAAGAAACUAAGAAAUUUAAAAGCAAUAUCACCUGUGUGGACGAAGCGAAAGGGAUUAACAGCACAAUGUUGCGUUUGGUGGCACUGGCUAAAUGUAAGCAGGAACACUGGCUUGUUUACAUCUUGUGUGCAGGCUACCUCAUCAUGGGGAACAUCCUACUGUUUAAUCUUCUUAUCGCCAUCUUCAACCAUAUCUUUACCAAGGUUGAGGAGAAAUCGAACGAGAUUUGGAAGUUCCAGAUGUACUUCCUCACCAUGGAGUUUGACAACAAGACGGCCUUGGUCCCGCCCCUAAGCAUCAUCCCCCACGUGUACAUAUGUUUAAAGUGGCUGGCUAGGAAAACCUGCUGCCGAAAAAAAUCCAGAGGUGUACAGUUCACACAGAGACACUUGGAAUUUCUUCAUCUCUUUGAGAAAGAGGAAAUGGCCAACUAUCUAAGACGUAUUAAAUUAGAGCAAAAAGAUUCGACAGAAUCUAAACUACAAAAGCGGGUAGAAGAGCUGUUUAAAUUGGUGGAGGAGGAACUGACCGCUGACCACGGAGGCAGUUCUUUUAACCAGACGUUAAGUGCCACACAGACAGUCAAAAUGACCCAAAAGACCACACCAGAGUCUUGUCCCUUGGAGCCCAGCGGUUGGCCUAGGACUGAAGCUGUCCUUGACUAUGCCAAAAUGUUGGAAGAGAAAGAGGAAGAGAAAACCAAAGAAGAAACACAGGAGGACGAUGUUGAUGAGGAUCGAGUAAAGAAAAAGAAGAAACUUAAAAAAGAAAAGAAGAAAAAGCAGCAGCAAAUGGAGGAAAUAAUUAUAAACUUGGAUCAACGAAAUAAAGCCAAACCUGAAAGUGAGGCCAAUAAGGACUCUCCCUUAGAAACCAGGUCCCCAAUAAGGCAGGGUCCAGACUCGAAUCCCAAGAAUCUGUUAUUACGACGUCUCCAGACGACACAAAAUAAUUUGACUGAUGAUUCCUUUGAUAGUGAUGAUGCUCAGCCGCAAGUUCCAGAUUCUUCUAUCAUUAUAAGUAUGCCGAGAAGAACGCAGUCGUUUGAUAUACAGCCCAGUGACUCUGAUUCUGACAGACCUCGGAGGAUGCGGUCCAAGAAAUCACUUCUCCGAGUGGAGAGCAGUACAGAGGACGAAAGGCGAUCUAAAAAGAGAAUCUUUAAACGACGAGGAAGCCACCAGCUGUCCGAUACAGAAUGAAUAUUUUGUUAAGUUUCUUGUAAAUAGGAAUUCUUAUUUCCUUCAAGUGUAAUUGAGAUA